AUGGUGACCCGCACAUCUAUGGCUGUGCCACCAGUGGAACCGAGUCAAACAUCUCUUCUGGAUUCUACUUGCCGGCCUAAAGAGGUGGACCAGUCUCGUGUUCCCUUUACCUUCAUAGUAAACACCUGUGGUACCAAAGUGAGGACUGAGUCAAACCAUGUUGUUUAUGAGAAUGAAGUAGUUUUUCAUCGAGAGUUCGCUCCACACCAAUCAUCCGUUAUCACCAGAGACUCUGAUCUAAGGCUGACUGUUCGCUGUCAUUAUCCCGUCACCAAAACCACUCGCCUGUACACAGACCACAUGUCCUCAAAUGAGCCAUGGACAAUGGGAGCUGGCUCCAUAAUUGAAAUGAGAGGUGGUCCGACCACAAAGGGUGCCUUUGAGGUUGAAUGUACAGAUCGGUACCUCCUUAUCUCAGUUCCUCUGCCAUCCUCAGGCCUUGAGCCUCAUUUUGAAGCUGUUGAUGUGGAUGGGUUUCACCUCAUCACUCAGCAGUAUGGUUCAGAGUGUGGCUACACAUACAGUGUCCUGCCCCUACUGGGUCGUGUGUUUCUUAGAGCCUCCUACUUUUCCUGCCACGCUGAUAACCAGAAUGAUGAAGUCUUUACCUUCAAGUUCAAGUUGAUCACAGUUGAUCGUGAAGGUGAGGAGUCCACACUCAACAUCUCAAAGACCUGCUCUUUGACUUUACCCUGGGCUCCCAGAGAGGUCAUCUGUGAGGAAAACUACAUGGAGGUGUCUGUGAAGAGUGAUCUCCCUUGUCCUUAUACAGGGACUUUUAAAGAGGACUUGACUACUGCACUCUCUGUAGCCCAAGGUUCUGCUGUGUCAGCCUGGCAGGUGAUGUUCCUAGGGGAUGGUCAUCUUCCAGAAGCCAUGUCCACUGAGGAGGCCAGCAACAUGGGCUACUUCCUGGAUGCAACAACUGGAAGGGUUGUGUUCCGUUCCUCUUAUGGGCAGCGACACUCAGUCAUCGAAAUGAUCAAUGGCCUUGCAGUUGAAGUCCUCCGUCCAACGAUAUUCUUCAGACAAAGAUGGAUGGUUAUAAUGGUGGACCUAGUUGUUGCGUGUACAUUAAAUGAUGGCAGUUUUGAUGGUGCAAGUCUGAGUUGGGAGACUCCCAUGGUAGUAGCGCCACUUGUAUCUGGUCUCCCUGGGUUUGAGAGCCAGCAGAUUCGCGUUGGUAUGAAUGGCCAGCUCUUGGAUGAGCAAACCGCUAUAGACCAUGGCUAUACCAUAGCUGCUGACAUGAGGACUGUGGAGAUUAGUGUCCCCUAUGCUGCUGAGGGAGCCUUUAGAAAGAGCUUUGUAAUGGAGAACGUGUACCACGAGUUCCACUUGGUCCAGCUGCGUUAUGAACAUGUGUUUGUAGAUGACAGUGGAGUUGAGACCAGACAUAAUCAAAUCAGGCCUUUGGUUACCCCUCUGUUGGACCAGCACCCUUUUACCGUUAACCAGACUGUCUUAAAGGAACGCAUUUUUACUGUCUUUGUUGGUAACUUUCCUUUUGAUGUGGAGUUGGUAACAGUGGUAUUCAAUGGGUACAACUUCACACUGCCUGAUGCUAUUGAAAGGGGGUACUCCAUCACCAAGAUCCCCUUUUCCAACAACACCCAUGGCUACACUGUUAAGGUGCCAUUUGAGGACUCAGUUGUCACUAAGAUGUACCUCCAUGAGGGUGUCCUUCAGUACUCUUUGGACAUCAACUACACCCUGAGCAUCAUGCCAAAGGGAGAGCAGUAUUACCAUCUAGCCUCUGUGGUGGCAGACAUCAAGGAUGUCUUCCCUCCUGCCUUUAGUGCCCUUUGCACUGACUCGGGCAUCAGCUUUAAGUUGGACCAUACGGAGUUUGAUUAUUUGUGGGAAGUUUGCAUUGGGCAGUACCCUCUCACCCAGCAGUUGGCAGACCACUGUGGAUACAUUAUGCACAAUGAUAGCCAGACUUUAACUCUGAAUGUUCCUCUCUUCACCACUGGCUACAUUUAUGAGAAUAUUACUCUGCAGCAGUUCUUUGGUACUUUUGAAGUUAUUUCGAGAGAUGCAAAAAGCCUGGAAAUUGUGCAGUCUACAGCCAAACGCUGUCCCUUCAAUACCUCGGAGCUCAUAGUUUGUUCUACCAGCGGGGUCAUGACUGUGGUGAGUGACGUCUCUAAAGCAGUCCCUGAAGCAGACCACACAAGAAUAACCCUACUGGACAAGACCUGUAAACCCAAACAAAUGGAUGAAAACAGAGUUCUCUUUACUUUUGGACUGAACACCUGUGGAACAAGAGUCUUGGUUAACAAAUUGUAUGUGACUUAUGAGAAUGAAAUCGUGUUUGACAUGGCUCUAGCUUCUGUGAAGAAGCCAGUCGUCACAAGAGAACUUUCAAACAGGUUGAUCAUUAAAUGCGUCUAUCCAGUACACGGCAUCAACAGACUGUUUGUAGAUAGGAAAUUCAGAGCUGAGGCACCUGGGAUGGGGUCCAUCCAACAGCCCAAAAUUCCCAUGAAAGGCAAGUGA